AUGAUCAGUAAUGCCAAGAAUAACAAUUUUUUGUUGUUUUCUUUCACAGGCGGUUGCGCUUUGGAAAAAGUGGAAUUAGAGCCCGACCAGCCCUUCCUGAGGGUCCUGCUGUCUGACACAGCUGAACUGAAAUGCUGCUACAAAGGCAAUAAACAGGCCUUCUUUUGGGUCAAACGGAUGCCCAAUUCUUCAGUUUAUAAAGUGAACAUAUCAGUCUCAGAACAUGAGGUGAAAUAUGAUCAUGAUGUUAAACACUGUUCAACUCUGACCUUUAAGAACGUCCAGCUGAAUGACACUGGGCUGUACCAGUGUCAGCUGGGUUCCAGCACGUUCACACAUGGCACCUACCUGCAGGUCUACAAGUUAAUGGAGAAGAUGAUAAACCUCAGCGAGAGCACCAAGAACACAAUCCUGACAGCUGAAGGGAUCCUGCUGCUUCUGUGUGUGAUAGUGCCAUCUGCCACUAUUCUGUUCAAAUCAAAGGACCUAAAGGAACUAGAGAUGAAAAAAGUGGAGGCAGAAGAGGAGAACAUAUAUCAGGGCCUAAAUCUAGAUGACUGUUGUACAACUUAUGAUCAGAUUGAACGCUCCCAGGUGCAGGGUCAGUACCAGGAUGUGCGCAGUGGUGUGGAGGAAAGGGAAGAAAUUCAGCUGGAGAAGCCAUGAAGAAAGUGAAGAGAUGAAAGACAAACAAAAAGGACCUGUUUGCCUGUUUUGAGAGCUGUAGAUUGUGUGUGGAACUCAAAAUUAUUGUGAUACACACUUAAAAAACGUUUUGUACAUAGCUUAUAUUGCUUAACCACAGUUAGGAUUAAGACAGAAGUAGAUAAAACUGCGUUAUGAAAAAAUGCUAGAAUUAAAAAAUUGGUUUAUUAAUCUUUUUAGCUAUUUUAUACAUUUUGUUACUUUAUAUGCAUUACCUACUGCAUAUUUUUCUACGCAUUUCCCUAGUAAUAGAUGUUAAACAUUUCAAAUUGUUUGAAAAAUAUUGAUUAUAAAGAUGAAAUGCAGUUUUUUUUUUUUUAGAUUUAUGUACCAAAUGUUGUCUGGUUGUCAUCCUCUGUCGUUCACUUGAACAUUGAUUCUUUUUUGCACUUCACUAUUUUUUUUAAUUCAAAUUUUGAAUACAAAUGCAAAUAAAGUCCAUCUGUAUGAACAAA